UUUUUUUUCUUUUUCGCUUAACAGCUGGAAGUCGGUCUCUACCUGCACGUUCAGCGAUCCACUAGCUCCUGAUUAGGUUUUUCAUCGCUAAUUAUCCCCUCAAGCGGACAAUGAUCGCUUCUGAGAAAAGUUUUGCCAGCCGUUGGCCGCAUUUAUCGUAAGGGACUAGGCGGAAGCGAAAGGUGUUCGCCAUACUUCUCAUGGCUCUCUCAACUUUAUCACUCACAGCAUUGGACGCAUACCUCGAUAUAUCAUUCAACAGAUGGCUCUGCCUCAUUCUCUCCCUCGUCUAUGUAUGCGCUCUUCGAAACCAUGGACUGCUUUUGCUCGUAGUCCUUGCCACCAGCGCCCUCAUCCUCAUGUUCGACAAAACGUCUACCAUCGGCGAAAUGACCAAGAUCAUUUGUGAGCUGCCCCUCGGUCUCGGCUCAGUGUUAGCAUUCCUUAUUGCGGAUCGUGAAUUCCAGACCAAACACCUCGCGACUUUCACCACAUAUGUCAAUUUCGCAGUUUAUGGCAACAUUGGUAUGAUGGUCGGUACCCCCGCAGAUGGUACUCUUCGAGGAAUGUGCUGCAAAGUUGCUUGUCUCUCGCUAUUUGUUUGGAUUGUUCAACAAGGCCACCGCAAGGGGUGGAAGACUAUCAUGGUUCAUGACAGAUUGUUUGUUUUCACCGCGGUCAGCAAAUCUUGGAUUUUUGCCCACGCAGUCUAUAGAUUCGUUCUUCUGACCUUGCCGUGCUUUGGGUCCGGACGAAGGCAUCGUCUUCUAGAGCUUUACUCUCUAGGUCUGACGUAUGCCCUGUCGUUCGGUUCAGGACUUCCAUUUGAAUAUUGCUUUGGAAUGGCCGACACGUUGGUUGUACCCACAACCGCUGGAUGGUCUGCUAUUGCGACCACUUUCGACCUUAUCCCCCGCGAUAGCAAGACUAAUGGUUUGGCAUCCAACCGCGUCGGGACUACUAGCGACAUUUGUUUAAGCGUUCUGUGCUUGGCAGUUGCAAUCUUCGCUUGCUUCAAGGUGGCUACUACGCCACAUCGGAACACCACUGGCAUCUAGCCGAGUAUCUUGCAAGUUGUAGAGCUGGGAAAUAAGCUGCAGAUGCUCCUGAUGUAACUCAAUACCGUCACUAUUUAUAAAAAGUUCCGUGAGGAGAAAGGCCGAUGAACGAUUGGCGAUCAUCAAGCGAAGAGAAAUCUGCAGUGGUAUUGCCGAAGUGCCUAGUAGGACAAGUACGAUGAGAAAAUUAAUGUAGCCCUGAUUGAGCACACCAUACUUCCAGAGCUCUCUCUUGUUCAUCUUG